UACUAAUAGCUGCACUUUAAAAGCAAGUCACACCUCACCAUUCACUUUGCUCACACCACCACCGCUAGCUCCAACUCCCUUUUAAAUUCUUCACACCCCAUUUGCUUUACUAUUAUCUCUUAUACCAAAAUGCAGCUAAAUGUAGCUGCAUUAGUCACUGCAUUUGCAUUUUUCGCCAUUGUCGGAGCAGAGGAUCCUUACCGAUUCUUCACCUGGAAUGUUACUUACGGUGACAUCUAUCCCCUCGGUGUUCGCCAACAGGGAAUUCUAAUCAAUGGACAAUUCCCGGGUCCUGAUAUUCAUUCAGUCACCAAUGAUAAUUUGAUCAUCAACGUCUUUAACAGCCUAGACCAACCUUUUCUAAUCUCAUGGAAUGGGAUUCAGCAGAGGAGGAAUUCAUAUAUGGAUGGAGUUGCUGGGACUACAUGCCCCAUUCCUCCAGGGAAGAAUUAUACAUACAUUCUUCAAGUAAAGGAUCAGAUUGGCAGCUUUUACUAUUUCCCUUCCCUUGAUUUCCACAAAGCUGCCGGAGGGUUUGGAGGUAUCAGAAUCCUUAGCCGUCCCAGGAUUCCUGUUCCAUUCCCUGAUCCUGCAGGCGAUUAUACCGUCUUAAUUGGAGAUUGGUACAAGACUAAUCACACGAAAUUGAAGGCACUUCUUGAUGGUGGUAGGAAAUUACCGAAUCCUGAUGGCAUUCUUAUCAAUGGGCGUGGUCCUAAUAAUGGAGUCCCCUUGAAUGUUGAACAAGGUAAAACAUACAGGCUUAGAAUAUCAAAUGUUGGACUCCAGAAUUCGCUGAACUUCCGCAUUCAAGGUCAUAAAAUGAAAUUGGUGGAGGUGGAAGGAACACACACACUGCAAUCGACCUAUUCAUCGCUUGAUGUUCAUGUUGGCCAAUCUUACUCAGUACUUGUCACAGCUGAUCAACCAGCUCAGGAUUACUAUAUUGUUGUAUCAUCCCGCUUCACCUCUACAAUUCUCACCACCACUACUAUUCUGAAAUAUAGCAACUCUGCUGGCCCAGUUUCCGGCCCACCUCCUGGCGGACCUACCAUUCAGAUUGACUGGUCUCUGAACCAGGCACGUUCUAUCAGGACUAAUCUCACAGCAAGUGGACCAAGACCUAAUCCACAAGGUUCCUACCAUUAUGGUAUGGUAAACACUAGCAGAACUAUCAUAUUGUCCAGUUCUGCAGGUCAAAUCAGGGGCAAGCAGAGAUAUGGAAUCAACAGUGUCUCCUAUGUCCCAGCUGACACUCCACUAAAGCUAGCAGAUUUCUUCAAUAUUGGAGGAGUUUUUCGUAUUGGAAGCAUAUCUCCAAAUCCUCCCGGUGGAGGUCUAUUUCUUGACACCCCUGUCAUGGGCGCUGACUUCAGAUCCUUCGUGGAAAUUGUUUUUAACAAUCCUGAAAACAUCAUUCAGAGUUACCACCUUGAUGGAUACUCAUUCUUUGUAGUAGGAAUGGAUGGAGGGCAAUGGAGUUCAGCUAGCAGAAAAGGUUACAACCUCCACGAUGCAAUUGCACGUUGCACUGUUCAGGUGUACCCCAAAUCAUGGAGUGCCAUUUAUGUCCCGCUUGACAAUGUGGGAAUGUGGAACCUGAGGUCAGAGUUUUGGGCACGACAAUAUCUUGGACAGCAGUUCUAUCUCCGUGUCUAUACAAAUUCCAAUUCACUCAGAGACGAGUUCCCCAUCCCAAAGAAUGCUCGCCUUUGUGGUCGGGCAGCCGGAAGACAUACAAGACCCCUUUAAACUGGGGAACUAGAAGUGGCUCGCAUAUAGGUGAAUGAAUUUAAAGCUAAAAUUGCUUGCUUUAGCCGAUAGUUCAUGCUGAGGAGACUUCAAAUUGUUAAGAUAUUAUCCAAGCAAAGUCAGCAGAAUAGAAAUGUUAAUGACCUCAACUCAAGGUCAAAUUCCUUACUGUACCAACGGUAUAUUUGUUCUUUGUAUUGUCUGUGUUCCUUCAUUAUUUGUAAUAAAUCACAUUAAUAGAAACUUGAUAUAAUCAUAUCUUUUA